ACUUUGCUUUUCCAUUAAGCGGACAGUUGCAUUUUGAUUGAAAGCCUGCACAGCACAGGAAAAAAGCACUUGAAGGUUGUGUGAAUGGCUAAGGGAGUGAAAAAGAGAGACUCUUGAAGCUGCAGGAACAGAUGGAAUUGCUGCUUGAUAGUUUUCAAUCACUUGGCAAGACAGAGAAUGAUCAAGCCUACACUACAUGAAAUAUAGAUGGUUGGAACACAGACCUUCUAUCUCAUUAUGCCCCAAAUCAAUCUAGUCACUGUGAGGCUCUGCACUCUGCUAUCCCUAUUCACGUGGUCACAAUGGAGUGCUGAUACAUUUGGGUUUAGUCGCUGUAUUCUUUCUCCAAACAAAGUAGGCCUUGCUCUCUGUACUGGCCGUGCCAUCUCCAACCUGAAUUCUGCCAUUUCUCCUCUGCCCAACUUGACCAUCUGGCUCAAUGUCUCCCAUAAUAUUGUGGAAGAUCUCACCUCUUCAACGUUCCUUCAUCUUCCUCACCUUCUGGAACUUUAUCUGGACCACAAUUACAUAUCAAGCAUUGAAUCAAAUACUUUUCAAAGCUUGGGAGACCUAGAGGUGCUUGAUUUGAGUUGGAAUAAGUUGGCAUCAGUGGGCCCCUCUAUGUUGAUCGGCUUGAGAAACCUACAUGAGCUGCAUUUGGGUAACAACAGAAUCAUCACAUUGCACCCCAACUCCCUCAUGUUUCAGGUGUCUCUCCAGAAACUACAUCUCCCAUCCAAUAACCUCUCCGGUCUGCAGGAGAUAGCAACAGCCGUGAAAGGUUUACACAACCUCACCUUUCUGAAUCUAGAUUUAAAUCAAAUCUCCACUCCAUGUAUGGGCCCUGACUUGAUUACUUUACCUGCUUUGAGAAACCUCAGCUUAAACAACAAUGGCAUUUCCAGACUAGACUUUUCCAAUUGCUCCUUUCCUAAUCUUCAUCAACUGAACUUAACUCAUAACAACAUGUCAGCAGUGAAAGCUGGAUCCUUUCGAGCCACACCUAUUUUGGUGGAGUUAUUCCUGGACAUGAACCCCCUGCAUAUGUCCCAGCUCAUAAAUGUUUCUCUUCCUAAUCUGACCAUGUUACAUUUGUCCAGUAUGGACCCAUCAUUAAAUAAUACCAUGCCAGAACUUUGCUCUGUCUUACGAAGUUUUCCGUCUUUGACAUCUUUGGAUAUCAAGCACUCCAAGAUUAAUUACACCCAGUUAAGCCAACUGGGUUCCUGCUCUAACCUUACAUGGUUAGAUUUGUCCACCACAGAGUACAGAAAACUUCAAAAUGGAACUUUAAGCAUGUUUCAGAACUUGGAGUUCCUCUCUCUAGAUAAGUGUAAGAUUCUAAAGCUCAAUCCUAGUGUUUGGGGUGAGAAGAUGCGGUUGCGUACAUUAAUCCUGAAAAGAAAUGCUAUCUCCGAGUUGCCAGAUUCUGUCUUCCGUCCAUUGACGAAUCUGAGUUAUCUGGAUCUUUCAAAGAACCGCUUGACCAAUCUACAGCAGGGGUAUUUCUUUGGCAUGCCAGCACUACGAACACUCAUCCUGCAGAACUGCCAGGUCACAGCAGUUACUCGAGCCACUUUUCAUUAUGCUCGGAAAAUUGAAUUCUUGGACUUGAGAGAUAACAGCAUAAAAUUACUCAAGGACCGUGCCUUCCUGCUCAAUCACAUGGAGACCCUUCUGCUUUCUGGAAAUAGAAUCCUCACAGUUAAAAGAAAUGCAUUUCUCGGUCUCACUUCCUUGAGGUUCCUCUUCUUGGAUCAUAACUUCCUUUACAAGUUGUCUCUGAAACUCUUUGCACCCCUUAAAAAACUGGAAACCUUGGACCUCAGUCACAAUUCUCUCUUUACAUACCAGCGAUUUGAUUAUCCAAGUCCUUUUGUAGGCCUCUAUUCACUUCGUGAGCUGGACCUUAGUUUUCAGAUUUCGAGAUCACCCAUCUGUCCUCCAGACAAACUUUUUGGAGGGCUGGAGCAUCUACAAUAUCUCUCCCUAAAGGGAAACCCCAGUAUCUUGUUCCUCAACCUCUCAUUUGUCAACCUGACUAGCUUAAAUACCCUUGACCUCUCUGAAAUCCAACCAUAUAAGAAUGGCUCCUGGAAACUCCGUCCAAAUAUCUUCCAAGGUCUUGGCAGCCUACAUCAACUUUUGAUGGAAGACAGUUCCCUCACAGAUCUGCCUGAACGGAUCUUUUCUAGUUUGAGCUCUCUGAAACAGCUGGCCCUGAGCAAAAAUGACCUGAGGAAUGUCAGCAAAAACCUGCUUGGUGGACUCUCCUCCUUAAAAUAUCUGGAUGUCUCUGGCAACCCAAUGACAUGCUCUUGUGAGAAUGCCUGGUUCCAAAACUGGUCUGUAUCUGAUCCAAAUGUUCAAGUGGCAUUAUUGGGUGCGUACCUUUGUUUUGGACCUGGUGUGACUGAUCGACUGUUUAUUGAUGAAGACCUGAGUUUCUGCUUUGAGAACUGGGGCAUAUACUUCUUUAUUGUCACCACAGUGGUUAUUCUCUUUUUACAGCUUACGACUUUGAUCAGUGCCAAGUUUGGGUGGACUCUCAGGCAUGCUUACUACCUGUUAAAGGGCUGGGGUCAGAGGCAGCUGCGUCCAAAAGGACAGGACUACCAGUAUGAUGCCUACAUUUCUUGUUGUAAUCAGGACUAUGAAUGGGUGGUGAAGAAUGUGCUGGAAAAGUUGGAAAAGGAAGGAGAACCCUGCUUCCGGCUCUGUUUUGGGCCCAGAGAUUUUGCCCCUGGAGAAUAUUACAUAGACAACAUACAGAAUGGAAUAAGCCAAAGCUGCAAGACCUUGUGCCUAGUGUGUAAGAAUUAUCUUGAAAGUGAGUGGUGUUCGUUAGAGGUUCAACUCGCUUGUUCUAAGAAUUACUACCAUGGGCAGGACCCUCUCGUUGUGGUGUUUAUGGAGGAAAUCCCAAAUUACAGGUUGUCUCCUUACCAUCGCUUGAGGAAACUAAUUAAACAAGAAAGCUACCUCACUUGGCCUGAAGAUCCUGAGGCUGAGGCUGUGUUCUGGACCCGGCUGCGUGAGGCCUUAAGCUCUGGACAGCAAGAACGAGAGUUCAGACCAUUCAAUAUAAUUGAGUAGCUGAUGACUGAGAAGAAGACUAUCAUGGUUUGACAUAUUAUCACUUGGUUUUCUCUGAAAUGACAAAGAGCACUUAAGAUGAAAUGACAGGCAGUACUUGAUGCAACCACAAAUGGUACUGUUGAGUGCCAUGUUAUUUUUGUCAAAUCUGGAUACUUCAUUAGUAUUUACAUCUUCUUGCAAAAGAAGCAUCCUAGAAUCAUGACUUGCUUUUCACAUUUUUCUCAGUGGGUGGUAAAAAUAUCUACAAGAGAACAAAGCUGGACAUUUGUUUCUGAGGAAAUAUUAUUAUAAAUCUACAAUCAAGGACCUGGAUUCUGUUGCCAGUCCUGCCUAAAGUAGACUCAUGGGAUCAAUGGGAUUUACCCAUGUUUUUAUCUACUAUUCAACAGUUUAUUGAAUUGAUCUAUUCUAGUUGAGACUAACCAACAGGCUUCCAGCCAAGGUUGAUUACUUUUAAUGUUAUGAUUUGCACGGUACUUGAUGGCUGAAUGAUCGCACAACAGCUCAAAGAUCUGAAGAUUACAUUUGUAUUUCGGUCAAACUUACACAUUUGUUUUCAGUUUUAAAAGAUAUCCACCUGGGUUGGGGACGAGAUGAGUAUUGAAGGUGGGAACAUAAAAGUACCUGAAUUUGAUAAGAGGGCUAAGGAAGAAACAGGAGAGUUACAGCGUAUAUUCUUGAUCUAGAUCCUGCAUUACAUAACCUUUGGGCUAGCAGUGACUAUCUGCUGCUCAGUGCUUACCAUCUAUUCUCAAUCUGCUGUAAAUAGGGAGUGUUCUUUUUUAAUUCAAAUAAAGGCACUAAAAUAACUAUUUUCCUAAGUGAAACAAAUUGAGGUUGGGAGAGAGUGACAUUGGUGUGCAUAACAAGAGUAUCUCAUUAAUAUAUAUGUGCUAGACUUCGUUGCUUUGAAUUAACAUAUUGUUCCUGAUUUACUUAUGUGGAAACAAAGAUUCUACUUACGAUACACACUCAUGUAUAAGUCUAGAAUUUUUAGUCAAAACUUCAACACAAAAACUGAUUUAUCUAUGUCUGAACCUAUCUCCCUCUAUGAACCAUCAAGGAGGUUAAGAUCUUCUGGGGAGGCCCUGCUCUUGGUCCAGCCUGCUUCACAAGUGUGAUUGCUGGGGACGAGAGACAGGGUCUUCUCAGUGGUGGUUCCCUGGCUCUGCGCCAUCCCUCCUGGCCUUUAGAAAGAGAACAAAGACAUAGAUAUGGAACCAAGCUUUUGAUUAGUAAAGUAACACAGUACAAUAAGCAAAUAUAGAAUAUAUGCAAUUGACAUUGGAAUGGCCCAGUCUAUGCACUUGGAUCAUGUGAUUUUAAUGUUUUUAUUAGCUGUUUUUAAUUCUUAUAUUUCAUGUUUUAAAUGUCCUUUUUCUUAUCUUAUAGUGAAUUGUCCUAUUGUUUUUAUGCUCUGUUAUAUAGUGUUGGCAUAUGAUUUGGUUUAUGUUUGUAAGGCAUUAAAUUUUUCCAUUAUUUCUGUGUAAGCCGCUUUGAGUCCCCCCAGGGGUAAGAAAAACGGUAUAUAAAUACUGUAAAUAAAUAAAUAAAUGGACCAAUGUAAGUACAGUCAGUCCCAAAGUUACAAACAAGAAAGGUUCUUUAAGUCUGUUCUUAAACUGAAUUUGUAUGUAAGCCAGAACAGGUACAUCAUUUUAGUGUAACUCCAGCCAAUCAUGUGUGUGUGUGUGUGUGAGAGAGAGAGAGAGUGAUUCAGUUUUGGAUAGCAUAGGGAAUGGUUAACACCCCUGAGGUGUUUGUUUUGCUGUCUGUGUUCAAAAUAUUUCACCUCACUUUCUGUUCUUAUGAUAAUUGGAUUUUGAGAAAUUUGGUUUCUUGUGGGAACAAAGGCCCCGGAAGUGGUGCAGCGCUUUCCCCUCUCUGCAGAAUGACCAUUGAUGCAUCCAUCAAUCAAAUAUAAAUCCUUAAUUUUGCUCCCAGACCUGCCCUUGACUUCUACAUGAGGUCAGUUUAUAUGUGAAUAUGUACAGUACUGGUUAUUUAGAUAUUUUGCCCCUUGAGACAUAGAUCUAUAUAAUGUAUAUGUCUGUCUAUCCUGGUACAUUGUUGGUUUGACUGACUUUCUUUUUUUAUCAUCUGCAAACAUC